GUCUAUCCAUUCACUGUCCAGCGUGAAGUUGAGUUUCGCUGAGAUGCAUCCAAUUCACCACUCAUCACUACUCUUGUUCAUCACGUGUUCCAUGCUGCUGUCCUCCAUCGAUGGGAAAAUGAACCAGGAGAUGAGAGACAAGUUUUUGACUCUCCACAAUAAUGCCAGAGAAGCAGUUCGGAAGGGACUUCUGAGAGGACAGCCUGCAGCAAUCUUCAUGAAACCAUUGAAAUACAAUUUGGAAUUGGAGGAGAAGGCGCAGAUUUUGUCUGACCAGUGUCGUGUUGGUCAUGACACAGCGGCUGAGAGGAACGUCUCAUCGUUUUCAUACGUUGGACAAAAUUGGGCAGGUGCAGGAAACAUCGAAGUUGGAUUCAAUCGGUGGCUGAAUGAAUAUAAGGGUUAUGAUUUCAUCACGGGGAAGUGUCGAAUUCGUCGAUGUGGUCAUUAUACUCAGGUUGUAUGGCAGAGAACUACUGACGUUGGAUGUGGUGUCACAGCGUGUCCCGAUUUCCCAUAUGCACUCAGCAUUGUAUGCAACUAUGGACCAGGAGGCAACUAUGUUGGCCGUCAUCCAUAUGAAACAGCACCAGGAGUAAUUACUUCGAAACCGCUCUUCAAUAAACUAGUACAAAACACUUUCACACAACGACGAAGCACUACCAAACAAACGACUACCGCGAAACAACCAGACAGCAAGUCAUCGGCUACCACUCAGAAAUCGAAAGCAUCCACUACUAGACGACUCGUUUUCAGAUUGUCAUCAAGUUUGAUCGGGGAUCAGUCUCAGUCUGUUGUCGCCAAAACAGUGUCAGCUGUAUCUGGUAAAUAUCCGAGUACGCGAACAUCGACAUCAUCACCAAUGACUACCCAAAAAUAUAGAAGUUAUGCAUCAAAGCCAUAGAUCGAUGUGGACUACUCUCAAAUGGAAUUCACUCAACGUCUUGAGCACACACACUCCACACUAUAUUGAAAUGGCCACAAAUCAUUCUGACGCUUGUUUGAUGCCAACAUGUUCAUUGUUUUGUUGUUCACUGGUUCCUCACUGUUCUUCUGUCACUUCAUUUUACAUGCACUAAUCUGAUGAAACAGCUUUUUGUCGCUUAGUUUGGACAAGGAUAUAUUUCCUACAUAUUCUUAUUAUAAUUAUCGUUUCCCGCCUCUUAUAUCGAA